AUGGCCUGCACGCUUCUCUUUACCCUGGCGACAUGCUUGAUUGUGGUCAGUGCACAGAAUGUACCACUUUACAAUCCUCAAUACGAUUCAAAUCCUACGCCUGCACCCAGCUACCAGCAAGUGGCCCCAUACAAUCCACUGUCAGCAUACGUGUUUAAAAAAAACACCCCAAUGUAUAAUGCUAACUACGCACCAUCUGUAGUUGCCAGUUACGCAUUGAACCCGUCACAGCCAUCUUAUCAGGUGGGGAGUUAUCCUGUGUCGGCAACGAACCAGGCAUACGGUAGCCCAAGUCCUGCUUCACAAAGCAAUACUCAGACUGUCUCCCAAGAUUAUUCUCCUGUCAGUUAUCCAGUUUACACGGAGCCAUCAAAAACAGCAACCUACUCCAGCCCGUCAGUUUACGCAGAGCCAUCAAAAACAGCAACCUACUCCAACCCGUCAGUUUACGCAGAGCCAUCAAAAACAGCAACCUACUCUAGCCCCUCAACCUACUCUAACCAACCAACCAAUGUCAACCCAUCAGUCUACUCAGAGCCAUUAAAAACAGCAACAUAUACCAACCCUUCAACCUACUCUAGCCCUUCAACCUACUCCAACCCACCAACCUACUCCAAUCCAUCUGUCUACUCAGAGCCAUCAAAAACAGCAACCUAUUCCAGCCCUUCAACCUACAACCAACCAACCUACUCCAACCCAUCUGUCUACUCAGAGCCAUCAAAAACAGCAACCUACUCCAGCCCCUCAACCUACUCCGACCAACCAACUUACUCCAACCCAUCAGUCUACUCAGAGCCAUCAAAAACAGCAACAUACUCCAGCUCUUCAACCUACUCCAACCAACCAACUUACUCCAACCCACCAGUCUACUCAGAGCCAUCAAAAACAGCAACCUACUCCAGCCCUUCAACCUACUCCAACCCAUCUGUCUACUCAGAGCCAUCAAAAACAGCAACCUACUCCAGCCCUUCAACCUACUCUAACCUACCAACCUACUCCAACCCAUCUGUCUACUCAGAGCCAUCAAAAACAGCAACCUACUCCAGCCCUUCAACCUACUCCAACCAACCAACCUACUCCAACCCAUCUGUCUACUCAGAGCCAUCAAAAACAGCAACCUACUCCAGUCCUUCAACCUACUCCAACCAACCAACCUACUCCAACCCAUCUGUCUACUCAGAGCCAUCAAAAACAGCAACCUACUCCAGCCCUUCAACCUACUCCAACCAACCAACCAAUUCCAACCCAUCUGUCUACUCAGAGCCAUCAAAAACAGCAACAUACAGCAAACCUUCAACCUACUCCAACCCAUCAACCUACUCCAACCCAUCAACGUACUCCAACCCAUCAACCUACUCCAAUCCAUCAACCUACUCCAACCCAUCAACGUAUUCCAACCCAUCAACCUACUCCAACCCAUCAACCUACUCCAACCCAUCAGCCUACUCCAACCCAUCAACUUAUUCACAAUCAUCAAAGGUUGUCUCCUUUCCAGCAUCUAAUACCUUUUAUAAACCUUCUCCUUACAAUAAUCCAAGUUCUUCCUCUGCCUACCAAGCAGGCUCACAGACAUACAGCAAUCAAAAUAAGCAGCAGUACAAUAACCAAAAUCAAGGUCAACAGUACUUUAACCAAGCUCAGAAUGGCCAGCAGUACUCCAACAAAGCUCAGAAUGGUCAACAGUACUCUAACCAAGCUCAGAAUGGUCAACAGUACUCUAACCAAGCUCAGAAUGGUCAACAGUACUCUAACCAAGCUCAGAAUGGUCAACAGUAUGCUAACAAAGCUCAGAAUGGUCAACAGUACGCUAACAAAGCUCAGAAUGGUCAACAGUACUCCAAACAAGGUUCAUACAGUUCAAAACCCUGUGGUGAUGGUAUCGCUGCUCAUCCUAAUGACAUCUACAAGUUUUUGCUGGGCGACAUUGAGAUGGCGUGUCCCUACGGAACGUAUUUCGACUCGGGACUCUGCACCUGUCAGCAUAUAGCUGAAUCCUAUGGGUCAGACGCCUAUGAUGACAAGUAUUAAAUUGUAACAUCCUGGAGCAAUAGAAGGACACUUAAGCUCUGGUCUGUUUCAUGCAUGACGGAAACUAGAUGACGUCAGAGCACAUCAUGGCUGCCAUCACUUUGUCUUGUUUUAUAACUUCAAAACAUAAAACAAAUAAAAAAUAAUUAAAACAAA